CUCUCAUUUCACUUCUACCUGUAAUCCCUACUCUUCACAAACAACACAACUCCCUCUCAACCAUACCCCCACUGUCAAACAACCAUGGCUGAAUCCCUUCCCCAAACCUACGACGACCUCCCCGACAAGCGGCGCUACUGGCCCGCAGCUCCCAACUCCGCCGACGAAGGGCUAGGGAUGCUCCGUCUCCUCACCCCAGCAGUCGUGGCCAACGCAGCACGCACCCAAAUCCAGACUGGCGAGCGCGUAUGCCUCAACUGGGACCUGGAGAAGCUAAACCCACCAGGUUUCGGCCGCAAACCCUUCGCCCACCAGGUUAAAUGGCGCCGUGUCUUCUACGGCGGUACUACCUCCACCGAAAUCCUCGACCCGUCCUCGGCUCGCAUCGGCAUAGCCCACUGGGCCAAGAAGGGCAUCGCCGGCCGCGGCGUCCUCAUAGACUACGCCUCCUACAUCCAGCGAACCAAGGGCAUAACAGUAAACGCCCUAACCCGCCACACCGUAUCCCUGGACGACGUCCUCACCAUCGCGAAGGAAUGCAACAUCACCUUUCAACCGGGCGACAUUCUCUUCCUGCGCGUUGGUCUACCGACAACGUGGGAUAACAUGUCGGAUGAAGAAAAGGUCGAGUAUAGUCAACAGCAAACCCCUCAGCAUGCAGGAUUAGAGCAGAGCGAGCGCGUGGUGCGGUUCCUCUGGGACCAGCAUUUCGCGGCUGUGGCGGGCGAUGCUGUCAGCUUUGAGGUGUAUCCGCCGGUAGAGAAGGAGUGGGAUCUACAUCAUUUCCUCCUUGCUGGGUGGGGAGUGCCGAUUGGGGAGAUGUUUGAUCUGGAGGGGUUGAAGGAGGUUUGUGAGAGGUUGGGCAGGUGGACGUUUUUUGUUAGUUCGAGUCCGUUGAAUUGUAAGACGGGGGUGUCGAGUCCGCCGAAUUGUAUGGCUAUCUUUUAGGUGGGAGUUUUGGGGGUUUAGGUUGGUGUUGGGGGGAAGAGGAAGUAUUCGUUGGGUCUGUACUGGGUGUAUUGUGAUUGGACUCGUGGCUGUCUCUGGUAUCUGCUUUGAUAGGUUCGUUAAGCCAAGCAUUAAUUUGAUCAUAGAAUGGG